GCAAUUAAUCAGCAACCGCAGUCGGCGAUCUCAGUAUUGCCGUAUAAAAGCUGGCCUAGGGCAUUGCCAACCGAGUCAUUCCCGCCGUGGAAGCAGUCGAGCACGGACUCGAAGGGAUCGGAAACUAGCUCUCCAAGAUGCGUGCCACAUUGUUUUUCUUCGGCCUCUUGGCCAUCAGCUUUUGGGAGGAGUCCCAUGGUCAUGUUGUGCCCGUGGGUCUUCCUGCAGUCGGAACCUAUCUGCUGUCUCCACCCGUUGUUUUGCUAGUCCAAUCACCUCCUCCUCCGCCGGAAGACGACGGCUCCUACAAGCCGCCUUCGCCCCCCGAAGAUGGCUCGUGGCAGCCACAGCCUGGUCAAGAGGGAGAGUACUCGGACCCGGAAUUGAGCCCGAGUGGUAGUGGAAGCGUUUCAUCCAGUGCCGAAGAAGCUGCUGCCUUGAGUUUGAUUGCCUCACAAUCUGUUGACGCUCAAGAUGCCCCCUCUCCUCCUGCCGAGGCCGGAGGAGCAGGAAGUGCCGGUCAAGAAGGACAGGCGGGAGCACUUCUAGGCGGAGCGGGAGGAGCAGGAGGCGCUGGUGGCGGAGGCAGCGCUGGAGGCGGUGGUGGUGGAGGAGGAGGUGGCGGUGGAGGAACGGCCACAUCCGGCCAGAGCGGCGACAGUGGACAGCCCGGAGCGCCAAGUCCGGCGGGUCCGCAGCCCGAUGGCGAAGAUGGCGCCGAUGGAGCCGAUGGCCCAGACGGUCCGGAUGGCUCAAAGGGCGGAAAGGGCGGCAAGGGAGGAAAGGGAGCACGUAAUGGAGCCGGAGGCGGCGGUGGAGCUGGUGGAGCUGCUCCUCAGCCACCACCGGCAGCUAUUCCUGUCCAGGCGGCCGUGCUGGUGCCCGCUCCCGUUUGGGCCGAUCCGGAGCCAAAUGCGAUUCACGUUGUGUAAAAGCCCGGUAACCUUCGUGCCAUUUGCCUUAAUCCCUUUUGAUGGUCACUUAAGUUAGUCCUUAAGCUAGUCAAUGUUUUUUGAGGUCACAUUUACCCUAAGCUAAGGCAAGCGAAUAUUAAAAUUCGAACACAAAGUAA